AGCAAACCAGGCGUCAGUGGAGCCCAGCACAGACCGGCCCAACUCAUCCCAGCGGCAAGGGCCGUCGAUUCGUCAAAAUGCCAUCGAAGGAUAAGCGCAGCGUGCUCGCAAAGCCGGCAUCCUUCAAGCCGUCGAUGCUCAACACGUCCAAGCGUACCAACUCCACCUCCUCCAGCGCAGCAGCCUCCUCCUUCUCUUCUUCUUCUUCUUCCAACAUCGAGCGCAGGGUAAAACCUGCAGAAUCUUCUGCUGCUAAGCCUCCGUCCAAGGCCCCAGCCAAGAACGGGUCAUCACGCAAACCUGCUCCCAUAGCUACUCCUCCUUCGAAGGGCGUAACGAACACGUCGAAGGUCAAGGCGAGCGCUAGCACAAGGGCCGUAGCGAAAGACAAGGGGAAGGGAAAGGCGCGGUACAUUGAAGAUGAAGCAUCUUCGGCGGACGAAGAAGAAGAUGAAAACGAAGAAGAAGAAGACAUCAGCGACCUAUCUGUCGUCGAGGACGCCGAUUCGGGGGAAAGCGAUGAACCGGACGACGCAGACCUGUAUUCGUCCGAUGACGAUGACUUUGGUGCUGAUGCCAGCAGCAGCAUAUACGGCGAUACAAAGGGCGCGAGGGGCAGGAAGCGCGGCAAGAAAUCCAUGCCGAGCGAAACGCAGCAGCUCAAGAAAUGGCGCAAGCUCAGCGCUGAGGAACGCGAGGCCGUCAUGAGCGAAGGUGGCAUCGUGUGGAGGGAAGCUCGCGCCCUCAUCUCCGGCCUGCCAAAAGCAGCACAGCAGCUCAUCUCUGCGGCGCUCUUCAAAGCGCUCGCUCGUACGGACGGGCUCCUUGACAAGGCGCUUUUCCCACGCGAGCCGCGCAUGCCAACCAUCGCCGGCACUGGCGCCGGCGGGCGCACACGCGGCAGCGUCACGUCCACCGACGCAGGCGGAGAGGUGCAGAGUAGCAUGAUCAGCUGGCGCGUCGAGGAGCUUGGCGAGUUGAACAACGGUGGUUUGGGCGGCGACGACCGGGGCGACAAUGAGCCGAGCGGCGCUGGCUUUGGCGGAGACAUCGCGGAUCUCGAAGCGAUGCUUCUGCCCGAGGCAGAGCAGCAAGUCGAGCUGAGCAGGGCGCUGGAAGAGCAAGACGCAGCACUCAGCAAGAGUCGCGCCCGCUUGGCGCGCAUUCGCCGCGAGGCUGCCGCAGCCGCUCCGUCGUCCACAACUGCUAACCAUGCUGGAGCGCACGCAGCUGAGGACGCGCGUGCUAAUAUUAGCAAGCUCUCGCAAAUCUUCAAAGCAGCGCAUCACAUAUCAGCACAGGCGGAGAACGAUGCGAGGGCAGACGCGUGACGUGGGCAAAGCAACGUUUGCGAGCGAGCGAGCGAGCGAGCGCGCGACGCAAGGCAUAUCAUGUAAAGCGAAGCUGUUGUAACAACAUCAAAGU